UGCAGCGCACAACACAGGAGCGAAAACUGCAAGCCGCUCACCUCUGCCUGUCUCUGCCGACUGGAUUUCAGGAUGGAUUAAGAUAUCUCACAAGUAACAGAAGAGAACUGAAGGAACCUCUAAUAAAAAACAUAACUCUAUCGAGUUAUCUCUAUUACCAGCGCUUUGCGAUGCUGAAAGUCAGCCAAUAUCCUGAGUCCCAGGGGCAGGAGAGCGGAGCAAAAGGAUCGUGUGAAUUAGGCAGCAGUGCUGCAGACGGAUGCCUGCCUACCAGCGCCGAGAGCGAUAGACUCAGCGCAACAGCAGCUAUCGAAAAUCAAAGUUCAGUUGUCAAGAACUGCACGAUGUCUACGACUCAGUUGCGAGGUGAAGACAAGGCAUGCGAGGCGCGAGGGAUGCGACAGAGGGUGGCACGCGGCAUGAGCCUUGAAGAUAGCUCUUUAUCGAGAAGUUCAUUUUCACCCAGAAAUUCCGGAGAGCGUAAAGAAGGCUUAGCCGGCUGUCUGGUACCAACGUCCACUGCGACAGAGACAGACAGAACAGAAUCGCCUGCGGAGUGGAAAGUAUACAAAGUGAAGCCUGUGGUCAUUGCCGGCGCAACUCGGAGCAGAAAAACAAACCUUGCACGGAGUGCCAGCCUUUCAGAAAAAGAAUUGAGAGAAGCCAAGGAUAGGAGUCAGAUAAUAGCUGCCCAAUUAACAACACCACCCAACAACAAUUCAAGGGGUGUGCAGCUGUUUAACAGACGUAAAAAGAGAGUAGAUGCCUUCACCUUGGUCAGCUUUGGGAAAGGAGGAGAGCAAGACAUUCAAAGGAAUGUGGACAAGGAUCCUCAACACAAGCACACUGAUAUAGGGGAAAGAAAAUUCUUUGAGGAGCUAAGCAGCUGCUACAAACCAAAGGUACUCAGUCAUCCUGUGGAAAACAGGUCAGCAUAUUCAGGAAGUGGUCAAUUCACAGCAAGGACUAUGGAAGAGCCUAGUGACGGAGUCUUUAAAGAGAACUGUGUGCACAAUGCUUCAGAGAUGCAUGAGGGCCAAGCUGGUGAGAACGUAAUGAAUAUCCUGACUCCCAAGCUUUGCACGUUGGUGUUGGAUCAGGAAUUUCAUGCAGAUCCUGUGUAUGACCCUGGAAGCAGUGAUGGACUAGAGAAGCCAGCUGUUGAAGCUGAAGAGUGUAGGACAAGCUUUGAUGCAUUACACGUGACUGAGAGAGCUGAGAAUGGAAUUCUAAAGUCUGAGUGCAAUGAAGGCAUAGCCAUAUUUCAGUGUAAGCAGCAAUCGGGAAUUGUCAAUCGAACAGCAAAACCCUUUGGUACCUUUUCUUUGGCUGGGACCUAUGAAAAUCAAAGGCCUAUUGAGAGUAUUGCUCCUCCUCCUUUGUCUUUUGCUCCUUCUCCUCAACCAGCACCAUCUUUCAUAACAUCUCCCCCACCCCAAUCCAUUUCAGUAACAGAAACAGCACUGAAAUUUCCUUCAGCGUCACUCGUAGGAAGGGAAGAUCCUAAUAACUACAGGCCUCAGUUUAACAGUGUACCAAUAAAACAACAAGUACCAGUGAAGAGUGGCAUUCUUGAGGAAGGACUGACACGUAGGGCAGCCAGAAAGUCCAUGUUUACUUUUCAAGAAAAGCCGAAGGUGGCUCCAAACCCAGAACUCCUAUCCCUGGUGCAAGGAGUUGAUGACAAGAAGAAGCAGAGACGCACAGUAGACCAGGGACAUGAUGAAGAAAACCUUGUCUUAGGUGCAGAAGCUUCCAACUUCUUAAAGGCAGAAGAUUCUGAUGAAGUUAAAGUGCCGGAGUGGUCUUCCUGUUUAAAGAGCUCUGGAGGGAGAGUCUUACCUCAAUCCAAACCAGCUCAGGGGCUCACAAAUGUGGGAGGAAAAGGGGCAGAGCUGUUUGCUAAGCGGCAAUCCAGAAUGGACAAAUACACAGUAGAAAAACCACCUGAGGCCUCUCAAAGGUGCUCAUCACCUACUGCUUCCUUGCCUUCAUCCUGGAAGUACCCUUCUAAUAUGCAGGGACGGGUGAAAGCUAUGGCAUAUUCUGCGAGUGCCGCUUUUAACUUUCCUAGGCCUACCAAUAACCAACCAGCCGCUUCAUCAGUCAGUGAAGACCAUACUACUGUGGAAAAUGGCUGCUCUAAAAGAGAGAUGGAAAUAGCAAAGCACCAACCCUAUAAGCUUAAUUCUUCUCUCUUUAUUCUUUCUCCCACAAAAGACCCUGUUAGAUCUCUUCCUAAAGCUGCACCACCACCCAAACCAAUUUUCCAUGACAAAGCUUACACUAGACAAAGCUCUUUGCCAGUUUCACCAUCUGUUCCCUUGUCUCCACAGUUUAACAGCCCUUCCCCUUUUAAGGGCAACACAUGUCUUUUAAAGCCAGCACAAUCGUGCCCAGUUAAUGGUCAAGCCAUGAGAACGAAACCAGAGCAUAGAACAUCUUAUGAGAUAACAGAGUCACUGGUUUCUCCAGUUCAGGCCUUCUCUUCUGAAAGAGUUUCUUCACCACGUUCCACCAUCCAAGCUCCAAGGCCAACUUUCUCUGCCAAGAAGGCAGGGAUUGAACCACAGCCUGUCUGUAAUGCCUGGAUGCCACUUCAGUCGAGACGCUUCAGCCACCCAGACAAUAGCACCAACGUCACCAAGGUGUCCUCUGGAGGUGAAGUUUCAGUUGCCAGUCCACAGUCUCCUUACUCCUCAACAUGCUCCUCUCCUCUACUUUCACCCUGUGAUGAGCAAAACCAGUCUCCUUUGGGGUCUGACGCUAAAACAAAUAGACGUCUGUUGGCUAAAAACAUUAUUAAUGCUGCCAGGAGAAAAUAUACAUCCCCACUAGGCCAAGGACAAGGAAAUUCCAUCUCUCCUAUAAGUGGUGCUAUUCAGUCACCAGUUCAACAUCCUACCAGCCCUUUGUCCUUCCACAGCAGUCCUGUGUUGCGCAGUCCACCAGAAACACCCAGCAGAUUACUGAGGUCACCAGUGCGAUUGUACACUGCAAGGUCACUGACAGAUUCAGAUGCAUCUGUGGACUCUGAAGACUCUGGUAUGAGAUCUCCAGCCUCUGGCAUGAAAUCCUGUAUUCGAAGUUACAACACAUGCCCUAGAGGCUGGAAUGGCAGCCUCAGAAUAAAACAGGAUAAUAUCUCAGCAGAACUGUAGACUGUGCUACAGCCCUUCCUAAAACAUUUUGCUUAUCUUUUUCUUUGGGAAGUUUGCAAGCAUUUUGAAUGCCCAGUUUAAUCCAAAUACAAUCAAUUGGUGGGACACAAUCAAUGGAAUUACAUUCCUAACAUGAAAUUGAUUUGUCAUGGCACCCAAGAAGAAAAUAUUUCAGUGGACCAAAAAAGAAGAAGGUUGUUUCAAAAGAUGUUGCAUAUUUUGCUGUGAAAUUAAGAACGAAAUAUCUUCAUGUACCCUAUGAGCUGAGAAAUCUCUCAUUUUUACCAAAGCUUACUCCAACAAAGAACCAUUCUGGAAAUGGUUUGCUUCUUGCUGUGUUGACGUGCAACACCGAUAUUUACAUUGUAGAUGAUACUUUGAUUCUUUGUUGUUGUGUGGAAAGAUUUCACAAUUAAUAUUAUUCAGUGAUUCUGAACUUGUCUUUAGAUUGCAAGUGAUGGAACAAACAGAAAUAACUAUUUCCUGGAACUUUGCUUUUAUUCACAAACAUAUUAAAGGACAGGCUUUACCUGAAAAGGACUUUAGAAAAGCACUUGUAUCAGAAAUGCUCUUGAAUAUUCCCAUGUAGCUUUUCACUGAACACUGCUAAGGUUUAUAUGUAAACCCUUUAUUAUAACAUUUCACUGCAUACAGAAGCAAUAUGUGGAAGCUGUUGGCCUACAGUUCAGCCAAGUCUUGUUUGACUACUUUAGCUUUUUGAAUGAUCACAUGUCCCGGUAAGACUUCAGUUUAGCGUUCACUUAUUUUCAGUAAUUAACAGUCUAUAAAGCAUUGUAUUAAGUAUGCCAGAAAUUACUUAUGUUAGAUGGCAUCACGCUAUUUUUGGGAAUCAGUGGAUUCAUAGCAAAAAGCAGCCCCAGUCUCCCUAACCCAUGUUGGACUGGCAUCUCAAAAAAUGAUACACUCCACACUCACCCACAUCAGGACAAUUCAGGGUCACAAACUAUACUGUUUUUGACAGUAAUUGUAAGGUUUGACUAUGCUGUUGUAUACUUAAAUAUAAAAUCUUGUAUUAGAAAUAGAGAUUGGGACUUAAAUAUAUACUAUAACUUACUUGAAAGUCUAUAUACUAUGUAUUACUGACAUAUAUUCUAACUUUUUAAUCCAGAAUAGUGGCAUUAGUCUCAUCAUGUCCAUAUUGCUCACCCAGUGCAUUUUAUCCCAUGCCAGUCAACAGCAUACAGUGGAUGACUAUGGCAAAAUUUAAAGCCAAAUCAUUCAGGAAUCAUAAUUAUACCUUAUACUGCAUAACUGAAAAUUACAUAAUGCUUUAUCUCCACCAGCUUUCUAAUACGCAAAAUAUGCACUAUUUAUAAUAUAGUUAAGAAAUGUAUACAGUAAGAUAAAAGCUAAUAACUAAUUACAUUCACAUUCAUAUUUUACAAGGCAAAAUGGUCACCAUAAAGUAGUGAUAUGUUGUAACUUAUCCUACUGUUUAUCCCAUUCAUUUACUGAACCGAGCCUAGCUAAACAUUCUCAGACCUGCUUAACAAAAUUCAGGGAUCUGAAUUCUGUAAUUUUAGUGUCUCAAGCAAGCCUAUUUAGAGUCACCAAUUAACUUUACACGUCUCUUAGCACAUACGCCCAGCCUCUGCUCUCCUCUCUCCCUCAGUGUGGAAAGCCUUAUGUCAAAAUGCAAUUUAUAAAUAGUACAACAUUUGACAAAUGAUGAUUGAUUUUAGUUUUCAUUGUCAUUAAGGUGAUUAGUAUCAUGUUUAUAGGCUGUUAAAAACCGAUUAUGAUGGAACACUAAGCUCAAGCUUUAGCCAUGAACCUAAGCACAGUGCAAUAACCUAUAUUCAUAUUUUUGUACGUAUUGUGCAUGUGAGUUUAUUUUGACUCGAUGCCUAAAACCUGCUGGAAGUAGGAGAUAAAAGGUUAUUUUUCUGGCA